AUGAAUGCUAACAGAUUCUUAGUUCAUAAAAAAAAGAUUUCGCCAGAUUUGAAUACUAUUAAAUUAGAGCAAAAAGAUCCUGAUAAACUUUCUAGAAAAGAUGAAAUUGAUACUAUAAGUAAUGAAAAGAAUGAACACGAUGAAGACAAUGAAGAAAAUAAAGAUAAUGG